GUGCAGUCAGGACCGGCUGCUGCUGUGAUGCCAUCAGGGAAAACGCCGCCGGGACUUCCCAUAGGAGCUGACGGACUGACUACAUAUCCGCAGUUUCUCUCCUGCUUCCUCUUUGUCCAAGUAACAUCGUCACCACCUCAUCCUCCUCUUUGUUUCGCCGGCCCUCGACGCCCUUGCGAGCGACGACAGGGCCAGCUCAACUGAAUGUCAUCUUUUCCGGCCUUUUGAACGCCUGGUGAACUCACAGUCCGUGUUGCGCUCGUGGUGGAUCUGUUGACUGUCCUAGUUCCUCGCCAUCUCUCCACUCUGCGUGCAGGUGUCAAUUCGACUCGCCAUGGACCUGCGCACGAUCAUGAACAGCGAUGCCGCUCCCAAUCCUCCUCCGCGGCCGUCUCCUACCCAACCGUCUGCUCCAGAUCCGAUUUAUCAGCGUCCGCAGCAUGCGUUCGCGGCCACUUCUCCCGGUCUGUCUCCGUCCGCGCCCAAUCCGCCCGGCUACUCUGGCCUGCCACCGCAGCCUCUUCCUCAUCCUUCCCCAGAUCGGUCCUCUUCCUACGGCUCCAUCCAGUCUCCUUAUCAGCAUAACUCCGCGCUGCCUUUGAGCGCCGGUGCCCAGUCCCAGCGAGGCCAAAGUCCUCCGAGCACCUCAACUACUUUUGCGCCGGCCUCGCGUGACCAAUACUACAACCAGCAACAGCAACAGCAACAUCGACUGUCUUUCGGGCCCCCAAUAGCCUCUCCCUACGCGCCGCAGGUCAUAAGUGCUGGGAUUCAACAGCAGGACCAGCAAUCGUACUUUACGUUGCAGCGCUCUCAUUCCUUCCAGUCGGUUCCAACCCCCUCUUCCACUUCUAGCCACUUAUUCCAUCCUAGGGAAAGCCCUCACUCCGCCGUUUCUCAACAGGCCCUGCACUCGCAGCAGUUUUCCCCCACACGUCGAUCCGUGUCCAGCACUCCCUUAGGCCCUCCGUCUACUCCUUACGCACGCCCCUCACCCCAGUCGUCUCGUCCACGAUCGUCUGGCCAGGAUUCGCACACAAUCCAAUUUUCCAAUUCAGAACAGGGACAAGAAAUUCCAUCCAGAGAUCAAGCGAAUAAUAUGAUAUCCCCCUCUGCGAAAACUUCGUUGCCUACACAGGACUCGAGACAGGUGGGACAGACGUCUCGACACCAUUCAGCAGAAACAGAGAGAGAACGGACGGCCAGUGUCAGCCCAAGAACCGUCUUCACAUCCGCUUCGCGCCAGGGAAGUAUUGCAGGAAAUCCGGAACAUACAAGUUCUCCUUGGAGUCGCCAAGGGGACAUGAGAUCUCAAGGGAGUCCCAAUGGAUCCGCUCGUGCGGCAUCCCACCCUGUUGCCGCAGCGCCUCAGACUAACAGUUCUCCUUCUCCUCGAACGGUCACCUCAAAUGAUGCAACUGGUGGAGAGUAUGGGAGCACUUUACCGCGGAAAGCGGGUGUUAGCCCGGAGCCGAGAAAGAACUCUGUUCCACAUCCACCAAAGCGGAAAAAGAUGAGGUAUAGCGAACCACCCAUCUUUGCCCGAAAAUCAGCUCGUACGAAGGGAAGAUGUCCUGUGAUUCCAAACCCGCGCCCUCCCAUUCCCAAGAAUGCCAGGAGCAUCCAACAGGAGGCUUGGCCCUCACGAAAGAUGUCCUCACCGUCGGUUGUAUCUGCAGUCAAAAGUCACCCUGAAACAGGGCCAUCUGCAAACAGCCCUGCUCCCCGUCCUCCGCCACCAGUUGCCCUGCAGGACGCUCCGCUUGUUUUUUGGGAGCCUUCUAUCACCGGGUUUAUUCCGUAUGAGGAAAUAACGAAAUUGAUAUGCGAUUUCCUAUUCCAACACGUGGUGCUCCGGAAAGAUGCUGCUGCCAGCUCUGCAGGUAUUGCGGCGGCUGACCAUGGACCUAUUGUAGAGGUGGAGGCUAAACUAGGAAGACUCAUUGAUAUGGAUAGAGGAGACAGGCUUCGCCUGCCUGUCUUGACAGAAACUGUGGUAAAUCGGGAGGAUCCCCGCUUACGAACAUCGUUUGAGAGUUCGAUGACUUUGGAACAACAUCGUAUGAUGAACAAUUUUCUGAAUGAGGCGGUGAAAGCGUCCAUGCCUCACUCCAAUCCGAAGCGCAUGCCCAUAUCCUAUGCGCAUAAGAAGGAACGCGAUACGUUCUAUGAAGUUUCACCAAAUGAGUUGCCACCUGUCAUUCGCCAAAAUCUCCAUCCACGUCACAAGCCUAGAGUUCGAGUUACAACGGACCAACGGACGGGUGAAAUCAUUGCCAAAAUAGUCAAAUGCCGCGUCGCAGACAUGGAUGUGUAUAGCCCCCGUACCUACGUCGACUGGCGUAUAAGUGUCAACCUGGAAAUGGAAUAUGAUGGCGAUGUCCGCCAUCUUCCUGUCCUAGACGGAAUGAAGGGUGGACGAGGCGGAGAGCGGAAUAAAGACCGCAUGAGCUACAGACAUCAAGCGUACCAGAUUGACUUGACACAAGUUGCUAAAUCCGAGGUAAGUAUAAUCAUCUUUAAACGGUCAAUGGGAACAUAUUUUAAUAUAUUCUGUCUGAGCAGCCUCCAGCGAAAUCUGACUUCUAUCAUGAGCUCGAAAUCGAAGUGUCAGCCGCCGAAAUUCGGCAUCGAGGUCAACUUGCUUUGGCUGGUGAUCCUAAGAAUCAAUAUGAAGAGUUAAUCAAGGGAUUUGUGGAUAAUGUGCGCGUUCUUGCUCGCACUGUUCCCCCGUAAACUGCCUCCCUUUUUGCUCUUGAUUUUCCUUGGGACUUUUGGGCUUGUUAAAAAAAAAUCAAAAAAAAUUCUAUACCGACCUUCUAUUUCAUUUUUUUUUAUUUUCCCCUUCCCUUUUUUAUUGUACUCUACUAUUUUCCUACCUUCUCUUCUGUAUUGGCAUUAAUUGAUGAAGCAUGAAUUCACGCACUAUAUCUCUCUGGAGACUUGAGCUGUGUGGCGCUGGAGGUCCCUUUUUUUUCUUUUCCAGUCUUAUAUUUAGAUAUAGUUACUAACUAUUUCCAUGCUAGGGAACAGUAAUAAGCUGAUCUCAGUAGUAGGAUUGACAAAUGUCAAUUCAUAAGGUAUAAAGUCAUGGUGGAUUACGAAGUCGUAAUAUCCCAGGUUGAAAUAAAUAUCAUGUACAUUGCUCUGUAUGUUAUUAAUUACCAUUCAUAUGCCCCUUCAGUUAGAUAUCUUGCAUUAUAAAGGCAGUGGUGGACGAGUGAAA